AUGCCGAAACGGAAGCGCUCCGACGAGGAGGAGAGUGUCGAGGAGGUCUUUGGGAAGUUCCGGACCGAGCUCAACCAUGCGCUGAAAAAGGCCAAGGGCUUCGAACGCCAGCGGCAAUCGAAGCGGCUGUACGAUGCAAAGGCCACGCCGGACAAAAAGCGGCGGGUCGAGAAUGAGAUUUUGGUGCUCAAGUCACUCAACCUCCAUCAGACAGCGCACGCACACUUUUGCUCGGCGUUGCUGCGCAUCAGAGCUGCGGCCGAAUCGCCAAAGCUCCCAGCCGAGAUCAAGGCCGGAGUCGCAAAGCCGAACCUGACAGAGGAGGAACAGACGACCCUGCACAACGUCACCAGUGCCCUGUACAGCCACAGCGACGUGCGCGCCGUGAUUGACCGAGCUAUCACGCAGAUCUGCAAAGCCCUCAACGUCCCAGUGCCGGAGAAGAAGGGCAAGGGCGGCAAAAAGCUAGCGGCAGCGCCCGUAGCAGCCACACCAGCAGCCAAAGAGGGACUUCCGGCAGAGAAGGCGAAGAAAGGGAAGAAAAAGAGCAAAGACAGCGUGCCAGAAAAUGCAGACCAAGCAGGUCAAAAGGAAGCGGGUAGGGAGGUUGACGAUGACGACGACGAGGCCACAGAGAUGGUUAUCUCGCAACUUGACAAUCUUUUAGGUGCUUCUUCGUCAGAGAGGGAUAGCAACACGGACGAGGAAGACACUACUAGAGCGCUAAUAAAGGGGGCGAGGCUACGUCGUCUCGCCACCAGGGAUCUCGACCCCAUGGAGAUAACAUCGAGCGAAGAAGAAGAGAGCGAGGACGAGGUGAACGACGACCUUGAUCUCGAUCCCAUGGAGGUUACAUCCGACGAAGGCGGAGAGGAGGACGACAGCAGUAGCGACGAAAUAGAGUUUAAGGGGUUCAGCCCUUUAGAUAUUGAGGACGAGGCAUCACAUGGAGAUGACGAAAGCAACUCCUCGUCUGAAGGCGAGGACGACGACGACGACGACGAUGAGGAGGAGGACGAGGACCCUAUACCCCGGCCACCGCCAGCAAAGAAGAAGAAGAAAGAGACAGCAACGGCAACAGAUUCGACCUUCCUACCGAGCUUGAUGGCAGGCUACAUCUCGGGCUCGGAAUCGGCGUCGGACAUUGACGUGGAACCGCGCAAGAACCGGCGCGGGCAGCGGGCGCGGCAGCAGAUCUGGGAGAAGAAGUUCAAGGCCGAGGCCAAGCACCUAAAGAAGAUGGCGCGAGACGACGGGUGGGAUUCCAAGCGCGGCGCUGUCGAGGCGGGCGAGGACGGCAAGCCAUGGAAGCGCGGGAUCCGCAACCCGCUGCUCGGCAGAGGGGGCCGCGGGGGCGCCGACAAGGCGCCGCCUCUGCCGCCGCCCAAGCCAAAGACGCGCGACGACACGGGGCCGCUGCAUCCCAGUUGGGAGGCUAAGAAGAAGCUUAAGCUGCUGCAGAAGGAUACCGCGCCUUACCAGGGCAAGAAGAUCACGUUCGAUUAG